GAACAACAUCUCAGGCUAGAUUCUAGCGGUGGUGCCAUCUGGUAUUUGCCGACGGAAAUUUAGCGAAUGUUUGACAUUAAAGGCGAUGCGGAAUAAGCUGAGCCGCGUAGAUUGUUAAAGUAUUAGGCGUCGACGUAUUAUUUGUGUAUAGUUUUAUUUUUUGACGCUAUGCUGGAUGUUCAAAAGAAAAUAAAUUAUUUUUAGCGCCUCGUGUUCUACGAGGCACUAAAUGUCCAGCGGUGGAUCUGGGCAGGGAGCGUUAUAUUCUCCCCUUCCCCAAUCCAUAAGCGACACCGAUUCAUCAGAGGAGGAACUGGUCAGCAUUGUUCAUAAUGACAGUAAAAAGUUAACAGUUGCCUGCAAAGAUAUCUCGGAAAAAAGAAACGGUCACAAGAUGGCUGAAUAUCGUCCUUUGGAUCAUGAUAAUGAAUGUGACUUGCCGAUAAAUGGUCUUACAAAUAGAGGACCAAUGGUGUCAGACGAUGUACCAAUCAUCAAACCUGAAAUGACAACGUCUAAUCAUCCAAGACCAAUGUCCUUAAUGCGUAAGGUGUUCUUCGUUUUGUCCAUUUUAUUGUGUUUCUUGACUGCUAUUAUCUUCCUGUGGGUAGUGCCAUGUGACUGGGCUACUUGCCCUUCCUACCAUGUGAAGCCUGGAACACAAGCCUGGGAGAAAACAUUGGAUGGAGUUGAGCUGAUUGGGAAAAUAAGUGUUGUUCCAGGUGUAUCAGGUCACAAUUUGAUUUUCUUGUUACGGGCAGACAUUAUGACAAAUCCUGCCUCACAUGGAAAAAUAGAGAAUGCUGAAUGGUUUGCACCAGGAGGUGGUGGAAUAAUAUCUUUACUGGGAUCAACUGGUGAAGUAGCAUGGUGGAAAAAAUUUUAUCUCCUCCCAUCAGACAUAGACUGUUCUUUGAUCGACCUAACUGGAGAUGGAAUCUUGGACUGCAUUGUAGUUGGUGCUAAAGAUUUGAUGUGUGCUGUUGAACCUCUGUCAGGUAGUACGGUAUGGCAUCUCAGACAUCGGUUCCAGUUUACUGUAGAUGACAUACAGUUUCCCCUUAUCUUACCAGAUUUAGACCAUGAUGGAACUAAUGAACUGCUUGCAGCUUGUGCAAUUACAGAGAAUCACAAAACAAAUACUGCAAAGCGAAACCAUUUAAUACUAAUAUCAGGAAAGAUGGGCCAGUUACUGGGACAGCCACUGAUGGUCUCUGACUGUCCUAGAAUAACAAAUAUCAUUUUGGAAACAGACUGGAGAAUUACUUGUACAUGUGAAGAGGAAGCUGGGAAAGAUUCUGUGCAGAUUAUAGCAGUGAAUCAACUAUAUACCGAAAUUACUAAUCGCACAUGGCACAUAGAUCAGAGCACAUACAGAAUUCAAAAUUUGAAACAGCAUGGCCUUCGGAGACCUCCACGGAAUACUCAUUUGGAAAUACAUGAUAUAGGUGACCAUCACUUGACAGUGCUAAACAGUGGGAAAUGCCCUGGUACAUGUCAGACAGAAAUAAAAAUAGUUUCCAAAGGUCAAAGUAGUAUUCUGUACAAUUACACUGGCAAGAAUAUGUAUGCUAUGAUCCCCACUGCACUUGACUUCAAGAGGCAGUCAAUAGAAGGCUUUGUUCUUAAAUUCUGGUUGUGGAAUCAUCAAAACAGAGAACUAACUGGCAACCCAUUCUCCAGAAUUCGUCUCAGAAGAAAUGUUCCUGUUACAUCAAAGAAUCAUUAUACUGAUAAUAUAAGUGAACAUUGGUUGCAUGAACGAGUUGUACUGAUUACAUUUAAUAAAACAAGUACACACAUUGUCAACACCAGUCAGAGUGAAAUAUUGCAGCUUUGCAACAACCAAAGUGAUAGCUGUCAGCCAGAUCAUAAGCUACAAGAGGAAUCAUUGUUGGUUGCCGAUCUGGAUGGUGAUGGUUCCCACGAGCUGAUAUCAUAUCUUUCAACAUUCAGUGACGGGCAGUCUCCAGGAAAUCUCCAAUCUCACAUUCGUGUAAUACGACUUGAAGCUGAAUUGCCAAAGCUAUAUGAAGAAGUUGUGCACUAGCACCACUAGCACUGGAUGCAGUAGGGUUAAUUUUUCAGUUAUAAAUGUGUUGUUUGUGAUUUAACACACAAAAUAAUGAAAUGGUGUGUUUACACUUGAGUGGAGAAAUGUGAAUUUUUAUGUGUGGGCUACUAGCUACCAUCUUAUAAUUGCAAAUGUUUUACACAGGUCAUGCAUUUGCUUGACAUGUCAUUCAUUAUCAGUAUGUUUGAAAAUUUGAAGAGAAAGGAUAUCUAUUGUGUGUUUUUUUCAUUACUUUAUUGGAGAGUGAUCAUGCACACUAUGUAGUGCAACGAAAGUAAAGAACUAUAAUAAUAAUAAUAAUUUUUAUUAUUGUUAUUUUCCACUAGUCACUGAUUUUAUGGCAGCUCUUGAUCUUUAAAAGAUGUACAAACAUUGAAUAGUUUCUUCAUUCAUUCUAAUGUGUGUUUUUAAUUUAUUAUUUUAUUUAGGUAAUGUACUAUGUGUUUCCAUGUAUGCAGUUUAAGCAGCCAAUGCAACAGUCCCAAAUAUGAUAACUAGUUUUGUAUUCUGUCCCCUCUUUUGAUAAUAUUUCAUUUUCAGCACUGUAGAAUCUGUGUGCAAAAAAAAAAUGAAAGUCAUUACAUUAAAAGCUUUCCUUUGAAGUUAA